AUGGCGGAAAGCACACCAAACAUAUGGUUGAAAUUCGCCGCCAUAGCACACAUCAUUUUCGGAGUGUUCUUGUUUGCCUUGGGAAUCUUAGAUUAUGUCUUCGGCGAUGUCACAGCUGAUGUCAAAGUCAGAGGAGAAAUGUUACUUGGUGUUUGGUCUGGAAUUUUGGUAGGCAGUAAGCUAGAAGCAACUUCAAAAUACCGGCCACCUUGAAACGAUAUUAAUCAACUGCUCAGUUCCGUGGUCGUUCAGUGAUCUAGUAAAAGGCGUGAUUGCGGUUUACAUUCUUGCAGACCAUCUUACAGACUCCUUUGAAGGGUCACCGAUUUUAAGUAGUGGAACGAGUGCCCCUGCAUUCAGUAAUGUAUUACAUAAUUAGUUUAACUUUAAAAUGUCGCUUAGCCUAAGCUUUAGAACGAAGAAUCAUGUGAAUCACAAUGCAGGAUUAAUAACUCCCUUAUUGGAAGCCAGGCUUUAUUUUUGCAUUUUUUACAUAAAUUUUAAAAUAAUUUGGCGACUGCCGGACUAUGGGAGCAGAGUUUCGACGUAUAAGAGUGGCCGGGUAUUCUGAAGUAUAGACACAGGGAGUCUACCCAUAUUGUGUAGCUCAGGUUGAUGUUUGAAUUCAAAGGAGACCUAUGGGAAUAUCGAAAACUUUCAUAUCAUCGUAAUGAAUUGAAAAUCAGCUCGGAGGUGGGCGCUGGACUGGUCCAGCGCUGGGUCGCCGAGUUUCCUCCCUUGUCUCUUCCAUACUCGAUUGUAAAACCCUUCAAACCGCUAUAAUUCGCCGUUUUCAGCUGCGAGAACGACAAUACACAACAUUUCAGGUAAAAAGAUGUCUAUUUUGAUCUUAUUAAGAAUUCAUCUCAUUUUUUUACGAUAAUAGGAGCACUUUCGAUAUUCCCAUUUAUUAUAUAGACAAGAAUGUUUUACUGGAAAAUAUACCACUCGUAAAAUUCAUAAAAACUACAUCCGGGACCCGAGUGGUUUGUUUUCCAUAAUCUCACACCUGAGUUAAUCGAUGACGUAAUUUCUGUCAUUUCCCUCUAAUGAUGUCUUUAUAUAAUAAAAAGAACAUUACACAGAGGCUUGAAGAUAUGAAUUUUAUUUUCGCGUGGCAAAAACAAUAUUUUACUCACUAGCUGCGCUCGUUCGUAAAAUAUUGUUUUUGCCACUCGAAAAUAAAAUUCAUAUCUUCAUGCCACCGUGUAAUAUCCUCUAUGUAUUGGGCUUGCAAGCUGUUUUUUUAUUCGGACUUCCACGUCGACCCCCUCAAGAGCCGCUGCGGAUUCUUUUGAUCGCGUACGUUCCGGACCAGUGUUCGAUCUCAGCAGUAUCAAUACAGGCAUAUCAACUGAAUGGAGAUGAAAUUUGUGGUGGUCCCAGUUAGUCCCAAAACACAGAUUUGAAUGUAAAUGUUCAACGAAAUUUUCGCCCAUGAAAGGGAAUCAACGACAGCCUUGGAUUCUGGAUUCUACUCUGCGGAUUCUGGAUUCCAGGUUAUUUCAAUCUUUUGUCAGUGGAACUUAGAUUCUGGGUUUCAAUCGAUAGUUGGAUUUCGGAUUUUUUGAGCUGUAUUCCGGAUUCCAAAGCCCAGGAUUUCGGAUUCCACAAGCAAAAAUUCCCCAGUUUCCGGAAUUCGGAUUCCCCUGCAUGAGGCGAAAAGUUCAGUAGAAAUUUUAGCCUAGUCAUGUGUCAUAAAAGACAACCCAGUACAUACCAGAACCUUGCUAAUGAAAUACCCACCCAAAUUAUACCUAAGUAAAAGUAGGUCGGUCCACAACCUGGCUCUCAUAGCGGGCGACAAGAGGAGCCGGCAAUCCUAAUCUCCCGGUUGUUAGUACGUAUGCGUCGCAUGUAUGUAGCCAGCUUUCGUUUGGACUUCACUGAGAAUGAAUGGAAUGCACAGAACGCAAUUUAAUCACGAGCAUGUCGACCUUCUACCCCUCGUAAUCUGAUCACGCGUGUUUUGACCACCUGUCACGCGCGUGAAACUUACGCAAUUAACGCAAAGCACAGAGACAGAGCAAAAGCUUCUGGACCUUCAAUCGCUGUCGCCCUCACUCUUUAACCUUUGGUUAUUAAUUACUAGUUUCGAAAUCAUAAUCAUGUGAAUAUUUGAUAGAUGUGCUUCACAGGAUAUCUGGGGAUUCAAGGAGCUAAAACAGGGAGAAGCCGUAAGAGCCGCAAUACCUUGGUGAGUUGACAAAAAUAUAGAUACUGACAGAGUCUGAAGUUCAAUUGCUGUUUUCAUUGCUGCAUGCACGAAGCACGUGCACGGUAGGGAUAUCAAGCUUUCACGAAUUCAAACUUCAGUUUCUGAACAGUACACGCCAAUGGGACCGGGCAUUAUCCGCUCUGGCAGGAGGUUAACUUUAUUGACCGAGACCCUCAGAAACAUUGCAUACCGUACGGUUUGAGAAAGUAUGGGAUUUCAUCAAUCGAAAUACUGCCCACUAUAAAUGAGCAACGGAAAACCUUAUGGGAUUUCUCCGUUUAAAAGCCAUAAUUUAUUUCUAGGUUGGUACCUUUAUGGGCUUUACCGUCAUCUCAACUUUUUGGGGGAUUGUGCUCAUUAUUUUCUACAUUCCUUCUAAAACAUCGGUAGAAGAGAGCAUCGGGGUUUUAACAAUUCCCAUCCUGAUAUUUGGCGUCGCUGCGUUUGCUACUGGAUUCGCGGGUUCAGUUGUGUCUUGCUUAGCUCAUGAUUGCUGCAUUGCUCAGUCCUCUAGUCAGGUAAGUGAGACAGACAACUAG